UUUUUUUCUUAAAAAAAAGCUUAAAACAAAAACGAACCCAAAACGAAAACUAGGUGCGGCCAACUUCCAUCUCUCUGUUCGCGGCGUGCCGCCACUGUCCAUUGCCGCCCCACCGACAAACACAUUAUCUGGUCAACUUUGAAGCCACAGCCCCGCUGCAGAGGAAUGGAAAUCAAUUUGGGGAAACUUGCAUUUGACAUUGAUUUUCAUCCAUCCGAUAAUCUCGUUGCAACCGGACUCAUAGACGGUGACCUUCACUUAUACCGUUAUAGCCCGGAUAACACUACUAGUGAUCCUGUGAGGGUGUUGGAAAUUCAUGCCCACACCGAGUCUUGUAGAGCUGCUCGAUUCAUCAAUGGCGGGCGAGCGCUGUUGACGGGCUCUCCCGAUUUCUCGAUACUGGCUACAGAUGUGGAAACUGGAUCAACCAUUGCCCGACUUGAUAAUGCCCAUGAGGCUGCAAUCAAUAGAUUGAUAAACUUGACCGAGUCAACCGUUGCUUCAGGAGAUGAUGAUGGUUGUAUUAAGGUUUGGGAUACCAGAGAACGUUCUUGUUGCAAUUCAUUUGAAGUCCAUGAGGAUUACAUUUCAGACAUAACAUUUGCAUCUGAUGCAAUGAAACUAUUGGCCACAAGUGGAGACGGGACCCUUUCUGUUUGCAGUCUUCGACGAAAUAAAGUCCAAGCCCAAUCUGAAUUUUCUGAAGAUGAGCUAUUGUCUGUUGUUUUAAUGAAGAAUGGUAGGAAAGUUGUUUGCGGAUCACAAACUGGAAUCUUGCUGUUGUAUUCAUGGGGAUGCUUCAAGGAUUGCAGUGAUCGAUUCGUUGAUCUCUCUUCAAACUCUAUUGAUACCAUGUUAAAGCUUGAUGAAGAUAGGAUUAUUACUGGAUCGGAGAAUGGGAUGAUCAACUUGGUUGGAAUAUUGCCAAACAGAAUCAUUCAGCCAAUCGCCGAGCACUCUGAAUAUCCUGUUGAGCGUCUUGCAUUCUCUCAUGAUAGAAAGUUUCUUGGAAGUAUUGGACAUGAUCAAAUGUUGAAGCUAUGGGACUUGGAUAAUAUAAUACAAGGUUCAAGAAGCACACAGAGAAAUGAAAAUGGGGUGGUUGACAAUGAUGUCGAUAGUGACGACAACGACAAUGAGAUGGAUGUAGAUCACAAUCCUUCUAAGUUUACUAAAGGGAAAAAGAGUAAGAAUGCAAGUAAUGGGCAUGCUGUAGGUGAUUCAAACAACUUCUUUGCAGAUUUAUAGGACAUUUGACUGCAACUUUUUUCCAUAAUCUACUAAGAACAUUUGCAAGUGUGAUUUUCUGAUCAACAAGCAUCCUCUAGUUUAAGGCUCCCCAUUCCCGAAAUUUGUUCUUAAGUUCAGCACUUUAAGAACUCAACCUUUCCCAACAGUUUUGAAGACUGAAAUUAUUGAAUAGUCCAUAUCUCAAGCUUAGUAAUUUUACUUAGUAAA